UUCCUCCCCAAACUGUGAUAGAUGGCAAUUUUCUGAAACGAGCUAGAAAAACGCUGUACUUUCAAAGUACAAACUCUCAACAUCAUGGACACAGAUUUUUCCUUUUUUUAAAAAAAAGAAAGAAAUGACAAGCUAUCCCUAGUUGUCGUUGUCCCGUACCAACCUAAUACAUUCUGUCUGCGCAUGUCCGUAGGUCGCCAUCUUGGAUGUGAAAAUUCGAUGGUAAGUGGCAUUAUUCGUGUUUAAAAUGCGAAAUUGGCGCUUUUAAUGUCCGAAGAUUAUUAUUUCCUAUAACUCUACACAAACGUCAAACCUUAAGAAGACGUCCAAUGGCUAAAAGCAUUGGAAAGCUUUGAUAGUUGGUGGGGACCUAAGAAAUAGGUGCCAUUCUGGGAGUAUCUAUACUCCCUGUGUAGCUCAUUUCAGCUUACCAUACUAUGCCUGCGGUUCCAAGACCGGGGAGUUUGAAGGAUCCUGAAAUUGCAGAGCUUUUUCAAAAAGAUGAUCCGGACAAAAUAUUUGAGGACUUGCGUGAAAUUGGCCAUGGAAGCUUUGGAGCAGUCUACUAUGCAAGAAACCUUAAAUCACGGGAGGUGGUUGCUAUUAAGAAAAUGUCCUACCUGGGAAAACAGAGUUUGGAAAAAUGGCAAGACAUUUUGAAGGAGAUAAGAUUUCUACGGCAGCUGAAUCAUCCCAAUACCAUAGAGUAUAAAGGCUGUUUUCUUAGGGACCACACAGCAUGGCUUGUGAUGGAAUACUGUUUGGGCUCAGCAUCAGACAUUAUUGAAGUUCACAAAAGGCCACUGAAAGAAGAGGAAAUAGCAGCAAUCUGUGAAGGUGUACUGAGGGGUCUGCACUAUCUUCAUUCACUAGGAAGAAUACAUAGAGAUGUGAAGGCUGGCAACAUAUUGCUAACAGAAAAUGGCACUGUUAAAUUGGCUGAUUUUGGAUCAGCCAGCAUCCGGAGUCCAGCCAAUAGUUUUGUUGGCACUCCCUAUUGGAUGGCUCCAGAAGUUAUCCUUGCUAUGGAUGAAGGCCAGUAUGAUGGAAAGGUUGAUGUCUGGUCAUUAGGCAUAACUUGCAUUGAGCUUGCUGAAAGAAAACCACCAUAUUUUAACAUGAAUGCCAUGAGUGCCUUAUACCAUAUUGCUCAGAAUGAUACACCUGUGAUGCAGUCUCAAGAUUGGUCAGAUAUUUUCAGACAUUUUGUUGACUCCUGUCUGCAGAAAAAUCCUUCUGAAAGACCUCAUUCUGGAAAGUUAUUGUCGCAUCAAUUAGUGACGAGGCCACGCUCUCCACAUGUGUUAUUGGACCUCAUUCAACGGACAAAGGCAGCAGUUAGAGAUCUCGACAAUCUAAAUUACAGGAAAAUGAAAAAAAUUCUAAUGAUGGAUGCCUUUGAAAACGAAAGUAAUGCAGGAGAUGCUGAUGGCUCCAUUUUUGAUUGCACAGAUACACCUGAUGAGCAGACUGGUGGUGACAGUAGCAAAAGCAACAGUAUAACAUCUGAGCAUUCUAUUCACUCCAUGGGUGUCAGUGCUUCAUCUCAGAGUUCAUCUACUAACAGCUUACCUCCAACUGUAGAUGGAAAUGAUGGCUAUGCUGCGUCAAUGCGGGCUAGGCACAAGGCAUCAAAUUCAGCAGCUCUAGCAGAUCAUGGAGCUAACAACUUUGCCACAAUUCGAACAACAUCAAUUGUUACCAAACAGCAAAAAGAACACAUGCAAGAAGAAAUGCAUGAACAAAUGACAGGCUACAAACGUAUGCGCAGAGAACAUCAAGCAGCUUUAAUUAAGCUGGAAGAGCGUUGCAAGAUGGAAAUGGAAGGUCAUAAGGGUGUUUUGGACAAGGAGUAUGAUACUCUACUUCAGCAGUUUAGUAAAGAGCUAGAGCGUUUGCAGCAAAAGCACCAACAAGAACUUGAGCGCAAAGUGAAACAUAAUCUCAGCUCUGAUAAAAAAUUACAAAAAGAAAUUUCAUGUCGUCAAGAACAGGACCGCAAAGCUUUUGACACACAGAAGAAGAAGGAGUACAAAGCUAAUAAGGAACGCUGGAAGCGUGAAUUAUCAAUGGAUGAAUCCACACCCAAGAGGCAGAGAGAUGCAACCUUAGCGACUCAGAAAGAGAACUUGAAACAAAUCGAAGCUCAAGAGGAACAACGGCUUGUUCGUGGUCAAAAGGAAUACCUAGAUCUUGAGAUGCGUAAAUUUAGAAGAAAAAAGUUGCUUUCUUUCCAUAGUCUUGAACAGGGACUUCUGAGAGAGGAGUUGAAUAAAAGACAGCAACAGUUAGAGCAAGCUCAUUCAAUGCUUCUCCGUCACCAUGAGAAAACUCAGGAACUUGAGUACCGACAGCAAAAAGCAGUGCAUCAGCUACGAGAAGAACAAAUCCAACGUCAGCACCACACUGAGCUGAGCAAUCAGAGAGACUACAUGCAACGUUCUGAGAGAGAGCUGCGGAAGAAACAUGCUCUUGAGCUUAAACAGCAACCAAAGAGCUUAAAGCAAAAAGAGAUGCAAAUUCGUAAGCAGUUCAGGGAAACAUGCAAAAUCCAAACAAGACAGUAUAAAGCACUCAAGGCUCAAAUCCUCCAAAGUACGCCUAAAGAUGAGCAGAAAGUUGUCAUCAAGAAGAUGAAGGAAGAACAAAGACGAAAAUUGGCAUUACUUGGUGAACAAUAUGAGCAAAGCAUUGCUGAAAUGCUCCAGAAGCAAUCGAUUCGCCUGGAUGAGUCGCAAGAAGUGGAAUGUCACCAUUUGAAGGACAGGUUGCAUUACGAAUUGGAAAUUCUUAUGGCAUACCAGUCUAAGAACAAAAUGCAAGCUGAGGCUCAGAGAAAUAGAGAACGGAAGGAACUUGAAGACCGAGUUUCAGUGAGAAGAGCAUUGUUGGAACAGAAGAUGGAGUUGGAGACUCAACAGUUCCUCCAAGAGCGUUCUGAGCGUAUUCGACUGUUGCAUGAGCGGCAGGACCGUGAACUGGAACAGUUUGAUGAAGAAUCGGCCCGUCUUGGCUUCAGUGCUCUGGCUAUUGCUGAAGCAUCUAAGGAAUCCUACCCAGAUGAUGAAUCAUUAUCAGGAAGUGUAUUGAGUUUGGCACAUAGCAACAGCUCAGCUUCAUUCCCAGCUGGAAGUCUCUAGGGUUGGCUGAUUUCUUUCUAUUUUAAUUUUGUAUAAAGUGAAAUCAUGAUUUUAGAAAUGUUGUUUUUUGGUGAAGACAAGUGAUUCUGCAGGUGGUAACUUGGCAAAUUGGAUUGAAGUUCGAUGAGUAACAAACCUAUGCAGUAAAACACGCUUAUAACUCAUGAUUUUAAAUGGGACUCCACUUAUUGUAACCAGUAUUUUUCUUGUAUUUUGCUUAGUCUUAUUUUAGUGGGCAUUUAAAGACAGAUGAGUGUAUGAGUUCCACUAUAAGGGAGUUUUACUGUAGUAUUUUUGUUUUACUAGUGGAAUAGUUGGUUGUUUUGUUGCAUGUGGACACCAAGACAAGAUGAGACUCAGGGUCCAAAGAAGGAAAUAUGUAAUGCGGGCCUACACAGACACCACAGGACUAGUUUUUCUUGUUUUUUUGUUUUUUUAACUUGCUGGAAGAAAGGUUAUGAUUUGUUCUUGUUUUACCAAGAAUGGUAAGACAGCUAGCAUGUUUCAAUUUUUUCUGUAACCUUUAUUUAGCCUUUUAAACCUCAAAAACAUUGUGGCAUGGGUGAACCCUCUCUGCUCAUUGACUUACGCGUUUACUGCCAUGGUGACUCAGCUAUUAAUUUAGCCUCACAACAAUUGGAAAAUAUUGUCUAUGUAGCUAUUGGCUAUCAAAUAUUAGGUAUUCUGUGUUUUGGUUUGUCAUUCAAACCUGUAUUUUUAAAAUGUGCUCUUUCCACUGUUUUCCAUUACGUGAUAUAUAAUUCUGUUCCUUUUCUGAGGAAAAUGUGUAACAUUGUUGGUAUUUUUACUGAAAGCAAAGUGUUUGAAUGGAUUUCUACUGUAUUUAAAAUAUGUAUAUCCCUAUAUAUUACUAUAUAGCACAGCUUUUGUAGGAGCGUUGAGGGAAGCAUCAGGUUAGACUUAGGUUUAAGAUAGCUCAACAUGGCGCUGGCGAUUAUCAGCUGUAGGGACCUUUGCUUUUUAUUAAGUUCUGACAACUUUAGCCCAGUGCAAAUUAGGUGUCUAAAAUUGUUAUUGGUAGUAUAAACUAUCCUAUGGACCUACCACUUAGAUAAGCCAAACUAUUAAACAAGAUAGAAAGUCAAAACAAAGCUGUGCUCAAUAUUUUGUGAAAAUACCUGCAUCUUUGCAUUUUUGAAGCUUUUUAGUUACUGUAAAUCAUAUUUUUAACAUAGGUGCCCAACAGUGUUUCUGUAACUUACAUUGAAAUUAUAUUGAUUCAAGUACAAAAUUUGAUGAAAACAAACAGCAAAUUGGGAUGGAAUUAAUAUUUUGGUGUUGUCAAAAUGAUUCUGAUUGCUGUUGGAAUGAAAACGAUUGGUUAAUCAAAUUCUUGGAUGCUUUCUAUUGCUUACUGAAUUGUAAGCAAUGUGGAUAUUUUGUCUAUCAUUUAAUUGGUCAUGAAAUCUACAGAAUGUUUGACAAGCUAUUGUGUCCUUUGUAGAGUUUUAAUUACUCAGUGGUACUGUUAAAUUAUUUCACUUACCUUUGUAUGUGUGCUCAAGCUUCUACAAAAUGCUCAUAGAAAAUAUUGGGACUUUGGUAAAACUGUUAGGGGUGAUACAGACUCGUCUCCAAAUUCAGGCAAUCUGCAGUACGUCCGUAUUUUCUAUCAAAUGAAAGUAAUAACAAUUUUAAAAUUGAAUUGCUAAUACAAUGUCAAGUAUAAAAUUAUAAUUCUUAGACGUUUUGUGUGGUCCGCUGUUCAUAUUAAUCACAUCUCUCUAUAUGCCUUUUUGUUGGUUUGAAUAAUUUGGCAAACUGCAAAGCAUUGAUUUAUGUUGUGUCUAAACCAGGAUUGAACAAAUAUUGGUGCCUGCCUUGCCUAAUGUGGUAUGGUUGUUCAGCCAAUCCAAGUGUAAUUAGAUAAAAUCUGGUUCUUCUUUUUUUUUUUUUUUUUUUUAAUCUAUGAUUUAAGGUUGUAUAAAACUUUCAGUAUAUUUCAGUUUGAUGUGAACAUCUAGUGAAGCAUGAGGUGAUGAUAAUUUUAUUGAUGUGAAGUGCUUGUGGGAUGUCACAGAGUAACUGUUAAUACCUCUUUCCACAAAUGUCCGGUCUGUGCUAUAGCCAGCGCCGGUGUAAAUCUAGUCUGGUCAUAAUAUUUUUUCUUAACAAAUAAAGAGAUCUUGUCCUUUGUGUAAGAAGCUUGAAACCCAAAGUGUUGUGAAAAGCUGUGGACUCCAUUCGUAAUUCAUGAAAUAUUGCUUGACUAAAACAACCAUGCAAGAGAGAUAUGAAGAGGCUAGGAUGGUUGAGAUAAAAUGGGUUUAGCUGCCCUAAAAUGCAGCUUCUACCCAGUCAUCUGUUCAUCAAUAGAAUUUUAAUUCAUUUACUUUAUGGCAUUCUUAUGCUAAUACUCUAAAUCAUAAUAUGACAAGAUUUUUGUGAUACUGUAUUUAGUUAGAUAUUCAUUAAAUUACUUAAUCAUAUUCA